AUGAAGUGCAUGCUUCUGUUGAGUUUUUCCUGCCUGAUUUGGUUCGCUAGUGGAAUUAAAAUUGAUUGCGAAAAUACAGAGGCCAUCAAUGAAGAGCAUAUACACUACUGCUGCAAACAUCCCGAUGGACACAAUGAUAUAAUCGAGGAAUGUGCAAAGGAGACCAACUUCAUGUUGGCCAAUCAAAACGAGGAGGCACUGGUGGACAUCACGGCGGACCGGGCUAUUCGAGGUACUUGUUUUGGUAAGUGCGUAUUCAGCAAACUGGAUCUCAUGAAGGAAAACGAACUGGACAUGGAUGCCGUGAGGAAGUAUUUUACUACCAAGUUCGUCGACGAUCCGGAAUAUGUCAAGGAAAUGAUCAGCGCCUUCGAUCAUUGUCAUGGCAAAAGUGAGGAGAACACAUCCGUGUUCUUGUCGAAGCCCCUCUUCAAGCAAGUGUCCCAGCACUUCUGCGAACCCAAAUCUAGUGUGAUUCUGGCCUGUGUCAUCCGUCAGUUCUUCCACAAUUGCCCGGCGGAUCGUUGGUCCAAGACCAAGGAGUGCGAGGACACCUUGGCCUUCAGCCAGAAGUGCCAGGACUCACUGGCCACUUUGUAGGUGCUUGCAACUGGGUUUUCAUUAAUAAAGAACAUUCAAAA